UGCCAGAAAGAGCGGUGCAUUUGAAAGCUUGUUUUAUAGAUCGUCCGCAAUUUAAAUGAUCGACGACGAUCACCAUCACCUCCACAAAUCGUGAUUCUCGUGUGAUUUCCCCAUCCUUCUCCCGUUGGUCGGAGGUACUUUUUAAUUUUAAAACUUUUCCGCGAUUAGAUCGAUAUCAGGGAGAGGCCUAGGAGGCUAUCGAUAAUCGAACUCUCGCCAUAAGGCGACAUUUUCGGACUGAGGGGGGCCACCACAUCACUCCAUCUCCUAUGGAGCCGCGAAAUGCCUUUGAGAACGCGAGCCAACCGGCAAGUUGGCAGUACUGUCGUUUCCCGCGUCGCGUGCACACAUGUCGGCGGUGUGCGAGUGAUCGGCCGUUAAAAAUCUCGGUUGGGUUAGCCUAGGAAAGAGGAAGAAGUGGGUGUGUGACCAGCGGAGACGCGCAGGAAAGGAUGGACUGGGCCUUGUCGUCGACCGGGGAAAAUGGUCCGUCAUUUCCGACCAGCGUCGAUCAUUCGGACCUACAAGCGACUGUGCCGGAAGCUCAGGAUGACACCGCGCAGCAACAGAUCACCCAGAAGCCGAACCGACGCAGGGGCAGACCAUGGAAGUGCAAGAUGGCGAAUGUGUGGUCCCUCGUAUGUGCCAUGGAACUAGGAAUUCUUCCCGAAUCGUCUCUGAAGGACAUUGCCUUCGUUAACCUUUGGGACGUGACCACGAAGCUGUAUUCCGCUGAAGAGACCGCCGAGCUCGAAGGGACCGAAGAGACCGAGCCAAAGCCCGUUAACAAUAUCUCGACCGCUUUGUGGCCGUUCAUGCCCGCGAUGCGCAACAUCGUACCUUUGAAAAAAUCCGUCCGUAAACGUGGCAGACGAAAGCGCAGUAAGUGGACGGUUCAACGGCAUAAGAAGCCGAGGGACCCGGCGGUAUUGAUGACUGUGCGUCGUCGGAUCCACGACGACAUUGAUCGUCGAUCCGCGAUGAGGAAACGAGUCGUCGCCGCCGGUGCCGUCAACCCUUCUUCCAAUCCUUCGCUCAAGGACGGCCCGCCUUCUGCCGCGCUACCAGGUUACAAUUUCUCAUUUAAGCAACUUCACACUCGAUUAGCUGGUAGCAGCAACGUGGACGAGGCCCGCGAUCGUUUAUCCACGGUGUACCGAUCGACCGGCAAAAACCUAGCCCACGGGCGACCAAAGCGGCAGAGCUGCAACACGACUGAGGCACUAUCGACCGAUCACUCCGCAUCGACGAGACGACACUUGCCGAGCCGUGACACGAGAAGGCAGAAGCGGUCACGCGUGGAUCUCUCGGGACGCGCCGAUUAUUACAAGAACGUGGCGCGCGUCAACGACGACAUGGGGGACAUCUGGGAGAACACGACGUCGGACAGCAGCGGGCAGAACGAGGAGGAGGAGGAGGACGCGACGAGGCAGCAGUCCCACUUCGCGAACGGAAACGUUUCGAGUCGCGGGUCCACCAGUUCGUACAGCGAGUCUGGGAUGUUACCGUUGAAGAAGGGCCACCACGAACGACUGCUGAGGAAUCUCCCGAGGAAUUCCGCGGCUCCGCACGCCGUCAAGAAACGCCGACGAAGGCGACCCGUGGCGAGCAGCGAUCGCACCCAUCGCCGAAAGAGUCUCGCGAGACGCAGCGCACCGGCUCCGUUGGCCGCCGAGCUCCCGGGUAUCGCGCGGAGGAAACGUUGCGACUGCGGCAACCCGCAACGCCGUUCCUCCCACGUCAGCUCGUGCAAGGAGAACCUCAAGAACACCGCCACCGCGAUCUUGAGGGACAUCCGGGCGCACAUAGACGACAACGCGGACACCGACAAGAUGGAAGUCGCCAAAGAUCCGGGCGAGGAACAGGACGAGGGUCGUGACGAGGGUCGCGACGUCUCCAUGAAAUACGAGUGGGAGGACGAUGACACGGCCGACCGUGCGGAGAAGUCGCGAGAUGCGAAUUCACCGCAACUGUCGGCGACGUAUAAAACGUACGGGAACACGGGCCGGAAGUCCCGUGACAAGAAACGCCCGCAGAAGGGGCCGAUCGACUGCGAGUUCGUCGACCGGACCGAAACGACGUACCAGAGCGUCCACGACUCCGCGCCGCCGAUACCUUCGUUGAAGAUAAACGUCGACGAGGUGAGCUGGGGCUCGGAGGACAGCAACGUCAGCUUGACGGCGGUGUCCCGUAUAUUCGAGCCCCGCUCGUCCUUGAGCGAAGGACGCGGCAACGAAGGCGACGACGCGCUCGAAUCGCGGAUCAUGGCUGGGAAGGUGGACGUUAGCGACGAUUCCGUUAACAGCGAAGCGCGCCAAGAGCGAAACGCGUCGAUGGCCAGUGCCUGCUACGUGUACCGCGAGACCGUCGUCGGUGAAGCUCCUGCAGCAUCUUCGAAGCAAAACGCGAAAUUGGAGAGUCGUCGUGAGACUACCAAAGACGUGAUCACAUACGGAAAACGGAACAAGAGUAACGGAGGAAGGUCGUCGGAGCACAGUUCAGGACGGGAGAAGAACCAGAAUCCCGCCAAGGCAAAAAACACGGCCGACAACAACAAGGACAAUGAGUCGGACGAUGAGAAGAAAUACGUACUGCGAAGGAGAUCGACGAGAUCUUCGAUAAACACCGUGAAGGAGAAGAAUAACGUCGGCAAGCUAGUAUGGGGGAACUGUUCGGGUUGGUGGCCAGCGCUCAUCAUCGAAGCUGACCAAGUAGGGAUGGCAUCCGAAUCCGGCAAAAUGUGGGUCUACUGGAUCGGGGAAUCGCAAAUAUCAUUGCUCAACGAGAAAACCCAGAUAGAACUGUUUUCCAGGAAGCUGGAGGAACGAUUGACGCAAAAGUUUCGAAAAAAUAAUACACGAUCGCAAGCCAUUGAAGAGACAAUAAAGAUGCUACGCCAACGUUACGAGUGCACUCUGACAAAGCCCUAUUAUUAUUGGAUACAACGGAAUAUCAAUCAGGAGGAACUGGACCACUUGUAUUUUUAUCCGUAUCCAACGAAGAUACAAGACAGGUUGGACGCUUUGAAGGAACAAAACGUUAAAGCUACCGAGAAAUACGUGUCACAACAGAAAAGCGGUUCGCCAGAGCUGAAGAAACAAUUAACGGAAAAAACCAAAGAUACAAAAGCCGUAAAGCAAAUGGAGGACGAGCGUUUGCCAUUGCGUGAACAAAUACCUGGCGUUAUAGCCUGGGCAAAAAUCACCGGGCACAACUGGUGGCCAGCGAUGAUUAUCGAUUAUCGCGAUUGUUGCCUGAAGGAACCAGGUUUCGGUUGUCAGUGGAUUAUGUGGUACGGCGAUUACACAGUUUCGCAGGUACACCAUUUAGCAUUUUUAAAAUUUCAUAAGGGAUUGGAAAAGUUACGUGAAUACGUUGAGAAUACAAAAAAGCAUGUGUAUCUCGUAGGCGUGUUGCAAGCUGCAAAGGAUUAUUGUUCGCGUUUGGGAUGCAACACGGAUAACUGGAGUUUAGAUAAUGUCUUUAAGUAUUUCUCGGAUAUGACUAAUGUACACAUACCAUAUAACCAUUUGCAAGUUUCAGAGUCUAACAAAGUAUAUGAUAAGUAUUCCGUCGAGAUAUUAAAAAAGAUGAAUGAAAUUAAAGCCAAUCCGAAUGUAGAUUCUAAACGUAAAACCGACAUAGACGAAAGCGAUGCUUUGCGUCGCGUAAUGAAGGAUCAGUCCAAGCUGGAUAAGUUGUGUUUAAAAUGUUUGACGUUCUCGCAGGAUGUAAUGGAGGAGCAUCCAUUUUUCGAAGGAUCUCUGUGUAGAGAAUGCUCGAGCCACUUUAAGCCGUGUAUGUUCGUAUUCGGGAACGACGACAAGUGCUUUUACUGCACAGUUUGCGCCGCAACCGGGACCGUGGUUAUCUGCGACCGGGAGGAUUGCCCACGAGUCUAUUGCACUGCCUGUCUAAAGUAUUUGUUGUGUCCGGAAGUGUACGACCAAAUACUUUUGGAGGAUCCAUGGGAAUGCUUCCUCUGUAGAGACAAGUCUAAGCUGCCUGUGGAAGGACUGGUACGUCCGCGAAAUAAUUGGAAGGAGACAUUCCUCAAGAUGUUCCGUACUUCCUCGGUUGACUAUGUGUCUGAUAAAAUUAAAGUUGUAAAUAGUGAUGGAAAAAAGAGAGGUAUUCGCGUGCUGUCGCUCUUCGACGGCUUGAGCACCGGUCUGGUGGUGCUCCUGAAAUUAGGAAUCAUAGUAGACGUCUAUUACGCGAGUGAGAUCGAUCAGGACGCUCUGACGAUUAGUUCCGCGCACUUCGGUGAUCGUGUUACUUAUUUAGGCGACGUGCGAGAUGUGACGAAGGAGAAGGUCAAGGAGAUCAUGCCGAUUGACCUGUUGAUCGGCGGUUCGCCGUGUAACGACCUCAGUUUGGUCAAUCCGGCGCGUCUGGGUCUCCACAAUCCCAAGGGGACGGGCAUACUGUUCUUCGAGUACAUCCGGAUCUUGAAACAAUUGAAGAAGCACAACAAGGGUCAUCAUCUGUUCUGGCUGUACGAGAACGUUGCCUCCAUGCCGAGCGAGUUCAGACUGGAGAUGAACAAGCACUUGGGGCAGGAGCCGAUGGUGGUGGAUUCGGCCGAUUUCUCGCCGCAGCACAGGCUGAGGCUCUAUUGGCACAAUCUGCCCGACAACCCGUACUUCCCGCAGUUCCAGAAGCAGCAGGACGUUCAGGAUAUACUCACUCCGAACUGCAACCGUUACGCUCUCGUGAAGAAGAUUCGCACGGUCACAACUAGAACGAAUUCGCUGAGACAAGGCAAAGCGGAACUGAAACCGAUCAUGAUGAAAGGCACUAGCGACACGCUCUGGAUCACCGAGCUCGAAGAGAUCUUUGGCUUUCCGCGGCACUACACGGACGUGAAGAACUUAUCGGCGACGAGUCGACAGAGAUUGAUCGGCAAAUCCUGGAGCGUCCAAACGCUUACCGCCAUAUUGCGGCCACUGUGUUCCUACUUUAAGUGCAAUGAAGGCGAAGAUAGCCAACCCGAUUCACGGUGAAAGGAAAUGGCGUUCCCAACACCGUUGCACCGAUUGUGUUUUGUAGUAAAAUUAACCAAUUUUUAAACUUUUACUUGUUCAUAAUUUGUAAUCCAGAUCAAGUUCAUUUUGCAUAAUGUUUUUAACAGGAAUUUGCGCAAUCAUAAAUGAAAUAUAUCUAUUAUUUUUUUUUUUAAUAGAUAUUUCAUUUAUACUUGGCGGUCUUUCCUUGAUCUGUCUAAGAGACUGUGCAUAAAAAGUCUAUACUUUUGUACGAUUGACUAAUAAGCAUUUUUGCAAACGAUCAUUGAUUGAAUUAUGCACUCACACUUAUGACGAUAUUUCGCAAUCCCGCGAACGAAAAUUGUCUAUUACAAAUUUGACAAGCCGCGAAAUACGCUGCUUUGAAGUCACAGAGCUUGCUUGUCUCAGAGGAACUUGAAUGUAAGCGCUGAAUGUAAGCGUACCGGACGGCAACGUAACUGAUUGUAUGCCAGGUUUUAUGUCUCAACAUUAUUAUUAUCACAAUCAUUAUUACACAUCAUCAUUAUUACAUACAAUAUAUAAUGUAUUA